CAGCACCAAGGCCGUAAAUCAGUUGCGCACGCAGAGAACGGCACACCGCCAAUGCGAGCGGAUAGCAAGGAAAGCUCCAUUUGCAAAAGAGACGCGCUCAUGACGUCACACAAAUACACUACAAACAACCUCCCUCUCCAACUUAUCUCCUUCUUGCACUGUGGACAUCAUCCAGAUCAACGAUGCCAGUGCAGACACGCAGUGGAGGUCACAGGAGUACGAGUGCCCCCCACGAGAAGGCCGAAGUCAGCCCUCGCAGGGGGAGGAGGAGACGGGCCGCGACAGCCGAAUCAACGAAACACACUGAGGAACAGCAACAGGUCGGCGACAAGCGAGAGGCCCAGGAGGAGGUAGAACCCAGGGACGACGAGGAGGAAACAGGGACGGGGGAAGCUCAGGCGAAGAAAGCAAGAACAGACGAGGAUGAGGCAAAGAGGUAUUCCUUUCAAGAAGGGGCUAUCGAACGGGGUCACAUCUACUUUUUCUACCGACCGAAAGUUCAGCAUGAGGAGGUUCAAGAUAUUGACGAUGUCAAGAACUUUCACAUGCUCCUCAUUCCUCGCCCACCGGAAUUCAGUGUGCAUACCGAGGGCCAACAUCCAUCUGAAGUGAAAACAGACAAUCAAGACAGCGAUGAAAUGUCCACUAUCGCUGAAGGGGCAGACGUCGUCCCGGCUCCGUCGCCUAAAGACCAACUGAAGACACACUUUCGGCUCAUCACCAUCGGUAAGAAGCGCCUACCCGAUCCUGAUGUUCCCAGUGGCAAGGGAGUCUAUUGGGCGAGUGUAACUGCGGUAGGAGACGAUCUCCAUAGCCUCGAGAAGGGGCUUGGGGAGCGGUCGUACCAAACCAAGACACGAGGAGAACGCCAUGAAGGCCCGGUACGUCUUGCGGGGCGCGGAGUCUAUGCGAUCGUGAACACUCGAGGCAAGACAGUCUCUAGGAACGUGACCCAUCUCGGGUACCAUCUCUCGCACCCGUCGGAAGCAGGGGAAGUCCAGUUAGAGCUGGGGAUCCACACUGCGUCAUCCUUUGUGCUUCAGGUUAAGAACCCGGAGGCGGAACCCACUUCAUUUGGACAGCGCGUUGGGCUUCCUGCUGGGAGACGGGCAAGCUACCCCGAGGGGAUUUUAAAGUAUGUCUUUGAGAAGGAGACAAGGGGAAGGUCGUUCGGACUACGUUUCACUCCUUGCAAAUGCAUCGACUUGUUGGAUUACGAAGGGGCGGAGCUGUUACUUAUUGCGGCACGGUCAGGGACAGAAGGAACUGACGAGAGCCUAGGUGAGAACAGGGGCGAAGCUUUGAAGACAGUUGGAGAGACAGAAUCACAGGAGCCCACUGAAGAGAUAUUCAGAGAACUCGCGAUCGAAAAGGAUCAUUUCCCCGCGGAACCGAUUGAAGGGAAAUGGAUUUGACUGCGAAAUCCUGUUAUUUUUGCUCGUGCAGCAGUCCUGGAGGAUAUGGGGGUAUGCGAAACUAUUUUUCUCCUGUUAUACA